AUGCUACUAAAAAUUGAAGCAAAACCAAUAAAUAUCAAUAUAAUUCAAGUGAAAACCCCCACCCUAGACAAAUCCGAAGAAGAAAUUGAAUCCUUCUAUGAGGACAUCAAACAGCUCCUAAAGUACACGAAGCCGCAUGAUCUGAACAUUAUCCAAGGAGAUUUUAAUGCCAAAGUGGGCAAAGGAGAAGUGAUCGGGGGAGUGGUUGGUCCUUGGGGUCUGGGAGAAAGGAACAUUAGAGGAGACAGACUAAUACAAUUCUGUCAAGAAGAACAUUUUAAAAUCAUGAAUACUUGGUUCUCCCUACCUCCGAGAAGAUUGUAUACCUGGAGGGCACCGCAGGAUAGACCUGGAAAUAUUGUACUGAAUCAAAUCGAUUUUGUCCUCGUUAACAAGAGGUUCAGCACAACCGUCUCAAGAGCGCAGACGUACCCGGGCGCCGACGUGCCAUCCGAUCAUUGUCUUCUAACGAUAAGCAUAAAGCUAAAACUAGCUUUGCGCAAGGUCAACAAAGGUCAAAUAAGAAAAUUAGACACCUCGAAAUUACAGCAGGAGGAGAUAAAGUCUGAUCUUAGGAACAAACUAAACCAAAAAUUGAAACAAAUAAAAGACCAAACAGAUCAACAACCACUGGAAGUAUGGGAAACAGUUGAAACUACCAUAAAGAACGUCACAAUUGAAUGUCUGGGAUAUGAAAAAAGACGCAGCAAUAAGAAAUGGAUGACUGACGAGAUCCUACAACUAAUGGACAAACGCAGACAGCACAAGAACACUAAUCAUGAUGAAUACAAGAGACUAAACUCACUAAUAAGAUCCGAUAUUAGAAAGGCUAAAAGGAAAUGGCUGGAGGGGGAGUGUAAGGAAAUUGAAUACUUGCAACAAAUACACAAUACGCGUGAAGAACACAAAAAGAUGAAAGAAGCAUCUGGAAUCUGGUUAAGAUCAACUUUUAUACCCCUACCCAAGAAAAGCAACGCCCGAAAGUGCAAAGAUCAUAGACUCAUAAGUCUGAUGAACCACUCCUUAAAAAUUUUCCUCAAAAUAAUACACAGGAGAAUACAGCACAGAUGCGAGAAAAUUAUCGGCCCUAGCCAGUUUGGAUUCAAAUCAGAUGUUAAUAAGGACAUAUUUCUAUGUUUCGUCGACUAUGAAAAAGCUUUCGAUCGUGUACAGCAUUCAAAACUCAUGCAGAUUUUGAGAAAAACCGACGUCGACGACAAGGACAUAAGGUGUUUCGAGAGAUUGUACUGGGGUCAAACAGCUAAUAUUACCAUACAAAACAUUAUUACUGAAGAUAUUGAUAUCCGGAGAGCAGUUAGACAGGGAUGCGUCCUGUCUCCAUUGCUUUUUAAUUUAUACUCCGAAGCGAUAUUCAACGAAGCUUUUGAAGAACAAGAGUUGGGAGUGAAAGUGAACGGAAUACCAAUUUCGAAUAUCCGAUAUGCGGAUGACACUGUCCUCAUUGCCAAUGAUGUUGAGAAACUACAGAAAAUGUGUACUAGGUUAUGUGGCAGCAGCAACGAAUACGGGAUAAACAUUAACGCCGACAAAACCAAAUUUAUGAUAAUCAGUAGGAAAAACCAAUGUAUACAGAUGCCACAAUUCAGAUAG